UCGUGGGCAUCGCUCGGCUGGGAGGAGACGCUCCGCCGAGCCGCCGAGCGGAGGGGAGACUCCAGGAGGAAGGCGAGGGCCAAGGACGAGGGGAUUCCUCGAACGACGCCGUCCAGCGACAACGGCCCAACGGCUGCAGCAAAGCCGCGGGGCAGCAGCAGGAGGUCUCCGCAGAACAAGGCGGGAGGCCCACCCGACCCGGCUCGGCCCCGGAUGAAAAUGUGAGGCUCCCUGCUCCGAAGCAAGAGGUGGUCAUGUUGCAAAGAAGAGCGGCGGAGACUCUGCAGCCCCCUGGAGAGACGAGGGGCUCCGACGAUACCCUGAUGGGGGAGCUCUCUGAGUUGGUACACAGGGUGGUGAAGAACAGCAGCUGGUGGGAGAGGCACGGCGUGGAUGACACCAUUAUUGCCCUGAACUUCCUCAGCCUACCGCUAGGAUUCCUGCUUCUGCGUUCCAGCAAUCCUUUUGUGUUCUUGUUGGGCAUUGCUAUCCUGGGUGUGGCCCAUCAUACAAUCACUGUGAAGGCAAGCCACUUGGCUAGCCACAAUGCUCUGAUGGAGUCCAAAUUGUGGGGGAAAUUAUGGAACAUAUUCUUCAUUGAGGUUUGCUCCGCUUUCACAGCAGAACGGGGGUCCUACAACCAUGUAAAAAUGCACCAUGCUUAUACAAACGUCAUUGGCCUUGGGGAUUCCAGUACAUGGAAGGUUCCUUUCCUGAAUCGUUAUGUUUACAUGUUCAUUGCACCUAUUGCUGUACCUAUUAUCACUCCCUUAGUGGCUAUUGGUUUACUCACAGAAGUUGAACUGAGAACUGCCAUUCGGACUCUCUGUUGUAUAUUCAUUGGUCUGUAUGCCCAUUAUUGGCUGCUGCUUAAUGUCUCAGGGUUCCAAUCUACCUGGUAUGCUCUUGGCUGUAUGCUGAUCACACGUGCUCUCCUCGCCCAUGCGUACAUCCAUGUUAAUAUCUUCCAGCAUAUUGGCCUCCCCAUGUUUUCAGCUGAUAAGAAGCCAAAACGAAUCCACAUGAUGAGCUGCGGGGUUCUCAAUUUGCCUCGAAAUCCUCUGCUGGACUGGGCUUUUGGACAUUCACUCAUUAGUUGUCAUGUGGAGCAUCAUCUCUUCCCAACUUUUUCUGAUAACAUGUGCCUAAAGAUAAAACCUGUGGUUUCUCAGUAUUUGAAAAAGAAGAAUUUACGAUACAAUGAGGAUUCUUACUGGUCCCGCUUGAAGCUGUUCCUGGACAGAUAUGAAGAACUGAUGGUCCAUGCACCUCCUAUUUCUGAACUUGUUGGGAUUCAGUAAUGUUACCUUUAUGGCUAGAGAUAGAGCCUUAAGGAAGCAUGGUUUCUUUUUCCCAGAUCAAUGCAUUUAAAGCCCAAGUUAAGUUAUCGUGGAGAAAAUCAGUAUGUCUUUUAUGUCUUCCAUAUGGGACAAGCAAAAAUUAUCUUUAGAUACUGGAUCCAGCUGCCCAGUAAUGGGUCACAGGGGAAAAUCAAUAGCUCCAAUUGAUUCUGAUGUACCACCUUUGCUUUUCUUCUCUGCUGUACUAAUCUUUGCACACUGUUAUCUUUAAUGGAUCAUUUCCAUUCUGCUAUUCUGCAAUUUAAGGGAGGGAAUUAUAAGGGCUAUUUAACAUUCUUCCUCUUACACUAAGAUAACUUCCAAGUUAAAAGACAUUCGUACAGUGAAAACUUUGAAAAGUUGUGUGUAGCAAUUUCUUUUCCUCAUCUUGGGUGUAAGACUCAGACAGAUGACAUAGAUCACUGCUGCUAACUGAUCUGAAAUCCACAGUGGAGGAAAUAUAUGUAUUUCUGCAAUAGAUGUAUUUCUUUAGAGCAGCCUUCCCCAAUUGGUGCCUUCUAGAUAUGCAGAAACGCCAAUUAUCAGAAUGCCAGCUAGCAUGGGAUUUUCCGAAAUUCUAUAACAUCUGGAAAGAACACCUGGAAAGAAACUAUUUGAGGAAGGUUUUCCUAGAGGUUAAUUCCUUUGGGAGCAUAAAGAAACACGAAAAUACUGCAUUGACUGUUGGACUGAUACUCACAGAACUCUAAUCACGUGGGACCUUCGUAUUGUAAAGAGGUACGUCUUGCCACAUGCUUAAUGGAUUUUUAUCUUUAGCAUACCCUCAAGGUGACAGCCCCUAGCCUACCUUGACUGUGCUGGGAAGCUUAGGAGGGUCAGGCCUAGUGUGUGCUUAGAUGGUAAACCUCCAGGGAAUCCCAGGUUUGAGGGCUAGACUGGGAAGUCAGAAACUACCCUGGAAGACAACAAUAGUAAGCCACUUUUGUACUAUUGCCAACCCCCCCCCCCAAUACAUGGAUCCGUUAUUGAAGUCACCAAGAGUUGAGCUUGACUUGAAGGAGACUUUAUUAAAAUUUCUCCUGUUGCAAAAAGCAAAAAGCAAAAAAAAAAAGUUUAUCCAAAACAUGAUGGCAAAUGGUUGAAGGGAACAGAACUAUCAUUACCAGUGGAACUUUUAUUAACAAAAGUGAUGCAAAGAAGGACUGUAUGAAAGUUCCUGCUGAAGAAGAUGGUGGUAUAUAUGCAAAGAGGGACUAAAUUAUUACCCAGUCCACUAAAUUAUUACCCAAUCCACUUUUCCUUUUGGAUACUAAAAGGAAAAGUAUAAAGCAAGCAGAUUAGGCAGGCAAUAGCAACUAGAUAGCCUUGAAAAAAUAUUCUGAAGUAAACUCUGACCUGAUGAGCUGGCACGAUCACCAUGUUCUCUGCUAGGUCAAAACCAGUUAUUUGUUCUCAAGGUAAAAAAUGUUUAUGCAAAUGUUUAUGCAGCAUGCAGGUGUAAGGAAUCUUCUUAAAGAAUGAACAUCCACAUGUUUAUUAUAUGUUGCCUGGGUAUUUAUUACAUGAAAAUUAGCUAAACGAUCAUGUAUGCUGGGAAUCUAUGUAUUCUGCUCUUGUUUCUACCCAAGGGUCCUUUUUUCCUUUCUGGAGACGUGCCCAAUGAUCACUGUUUAUUAUUUAUGGAAGGAAGGUGCAUACUGUUAACUUUCUCCAGCUUGUUAGUAGUUUCACUUGGGAUAUAUCCCUAAUAUUGCUGAAACAUUUCUAUCAGGAGAACGUGCUUUUCAAAUAGGUAAUGAAAAUAUAUUUCUGUCUUUUACCCAAUUCAUUUAACGUCUAAAAACUGGUUUGGGGAAAUCUGGAAUAUUACUAAGAACUGAAGGGGUAACGGUAAAGCAGGAAGGGAAAGCUAAAGCUGAGCUAUGGAGAACAGAGAGAGAUAACUUCACUAUCCUGAAAACAUGUAUCUGUGAGUGGAUACUUAGUGUGUGAAUAUAUAUAUAUAUAUCUUUUGAACAGUUCCAUACUAAGAAAAAUAGUCUCCUUUGAGUUAUGCUUAGCUUCCAGUGACUUCAUGCACACAUCUGGGUAGCUUUGUUGGCGACAGUAUGAAAGUGGUUUCCCAGUGCCCUUUGUUGAAUGCCCUUUCUGAUUUCUCAGCCUAGCCUACAUCCUGCUUGUACUCUGGAAGAAUCUUAUCCUAACACUCACAGGGCCUCACCCUGCUUCAUUGAUUUAGGGUGUUACAUGAACUCAAUCAGUGUGUCAGGUAAAUCAGGAUAUAAGUUUACCAUGGGUGAAUCUAGACCAUUAUGGUUUAUUGAAUAAAACAUGCUUAAUAAAUCUGCUUUAAGUGUGAUGUCUGAACCCAGCUAUACACUUGAGUGGAUAGAAAAUGAAAGUAAACCAUAGUUUGGUGUCUGGCUCAGGACAAAUGAAGCAACAGGCAUUAAAAGUCCUCAGAGAAGAGUAUACCUCUAAACAUUCACAUAUAUUUCUGGAAACCAGUCUAACCUUUAAAAACAUACAGAGUUGGUUUUUUAAUGAAACCUUCAAUUUGAUGGGCACUGAGUGAAAUUAAGGCUUUAUCAUUUCAGACUGGAAGUGAACACUGCAUAGGGAAUAAUCCUGAGCUGGCAGAAUGGGGUUGGUUUAAUUUCCUAUCCAUUCAUCUACAUUAACUCAUUUUAUAAUGGUUUGAUUAAUCAACAUCACAAUUCUGUGAUUUGCAAGGCUCUAAAGGCUUCCCAGUCCAGUGGCACAAAGAUGAAAAAGGGGGAGCAUUAUUCAACCCAGCCUUACUCUGAUUUUGUUUCAGAUUGUGUGAAAAAUCAAUUCCACUGCCACAUACUGCUAACAUGAUCACGGUUCAGUUUGGAAACAGUAAGUUUGACCAGCUGUAUCCUGUCUGGAAUAAAGCUUAACUAUGUGUGUAUGUAUUCAAUCUAGCUAGAAGCAAACACCCUUAAGGCCAAUGGGGCUUAUUCACAGCUAAGUGCUCACAGUAUUCCACCCUUAACAGAUACUAAAAUUGAAUAAAGUAUACUCUGGCUGGGUUCAGACAUGCUAAGCCAAAAUUGGGUUUUAUCUGCAGCCAGUUGUGCAUUAUUUAAUAAAUCAUACAGUAGUAAAACAAAUGGAGUCUUAGCUAGGGCUACCAUAUAUAGCUGCAAAAACCUAGACAGCCACAAGAGGGAAGCAAAGAGAUACAAAACGACUGCCAUCUAGUGGUUGCCUGUAGUUCUGCAGUCCAUAGAUAGUAGCCCUAGUUAAGCGUAACAGAUAAAUCCACUGACAUAUAUAUGUAAGUGUCACACUAUUUUGCACUCUGUGUAAUGCUUCAGAAGCAUCAUUAUGCAGAGCACAGAAGAGGAAUCAGAAAUACUAAGCCAAAGAAAUUAAUGGCAUGAGAUAAGGAAAAAAGGAAACAUAGAUAAAACUCUUUUACAUCAAUACCAUUCAGUAUAUCUCUCCAUACCUUUUUAUCCUUGCAAACCAACUUUUGGU